AAGGACUAAUUCGUAUCAGAGCUCUUCCGCCUCAUCGUUUUACUUUCUUGUAAGAGGGAGAGGGAGAGGGAGAGGGAGAGAGAUCUCUCUCGAAAGACCCUUGUCAGUGUCUCUGCCCUUUGGUUUCUUGCGUUCUUGCUUUCUUCUUGUUACCGAUUCUAGAGAGAGAGAAAGAGAGUGCAACUUUCUUUACCAAGAGAGACAUAGCAGAGUGUUUCUGCAAAUGGGGUUCUUUAGGUUUGUAGUUCCCGAUUGAGAGAGACGGCGAUCAUCCUCGUCUUCGCAAAAAGAACCAUAGCAGAGCAGUUUCACCAUUUGGGUUUCUUUGAACUAAAGAUUGUAGAGAGGGUGGUCAUCUUUUCUUGGAGAUUAUAAAGAGAGAUUACAGCUCCUGUUUCUUACCUCUACCGAAACAAAGAACAUCCAUUUCAGAAGCAAACGAUGCAUUUUUCUCUCUGGGCUUCCUCUUCUUGCUGAUUCUAGAGAGAGAAAGAGAGAGAGAGAGAGAGAGCAAUCUAUCCAUAGCUAAAGAAACUCAUCUGAGAAAGAAUGCUUAUUGAGAGAGCAGAAACCAUGGGGAUGCCAACCAUUUAUGAAGGGGACAGUGGAAGUGGUGAUGAGCACGAUAAAAUAGAGGAGGAGAGUGAAAAACCAGAGGAAGAGAGAAAGAAAACAGGGUAUUUGAGAGAAAAGAUUGAGAAAGAAACAGUGGAGAUCAAGAAAAAGAAUGCGCGACGGUAUGCCGAGAAAGGUAAAGGUAAAGCAGAGGAGAUAGAUAUUGCAGAGGAGAAGAGAAAGAUGAUGGAGGAGAUGAGAUACUUAAUGGUGGAUCGUCAUGAAACGGUUGAUUUGGGGGUGAUAAUGGUGGUGGAUGGCAAGUUCGAGGCCGUUGUGUAUGAUGAAAAAGCCCCCGAAGUCACUUCGAAAGUUAUACUCCGGACCUUUCAUACACAACAGAUUGCAGAACGUGCACAGGAACUUAGCAUGCUCAAUCACAGCGAUGAAGUACUGAUGGUAUUGGAAUUAGGGCAUGUGUUUCGGGAGUUUAAUGGAGAAGAGGAAGAGAGAGUGUGGAGGAAAAUGAAAGAGAGGGAAACCAGGAGAGAGAGAGAGGGUGGAGAAGAGAAAGUGAAGAAUGAUGGAGGGGUUCAAGUUUUGGAGUCCGAGAAGAAUACAGGCUUGUUUCAAAUGUUGAAGAAUGGCCUCAAGAAGAUCCUGGCGUGUGGAUCCCAAGAAGAAGAUAGGCUUGUUUCAACAGUUGAAGAAUGGCCACCAGAACUUGCUCGAUUUCAACAUCAAGUUGGAUGAAGAUUGAAGAAAUAGAAGAUCAAUGGUGGUAGGAAUAACCAGAGUCUGAGUUUUUGCAAUCAACUGUGCAUUUCUUCAUGUAACCUGCUGAAGAUUUGGUUUUAUGUUUUUUGCAUUCUUUUGCCUUGUUUUCUAUUUUCUUUUAGAACAUAAACUUUAGCAAUGUGUCAGUUGAUGUAUGUCAAUGUGUGUACAUGCAAUGCUUUCUUAAAG